GAAGUCUGUUUCAGCCCUGGUAGAAGACAUGUCUGCUACCUCUCUGGCUAAGACAGAGUUGCAGCCUUGAACAGGAACUCCGGGUAAGCUAGGCUUGCUGCACGAGUAGUCAUGUGGGGCUUCCUGUCUUCUCCAGGGCAGCAGCAUCGUGCAGGGACUCCCAGCUAUCUCUGUGGACUUUGAGAUUCACAGUCAUCCCUCCAUGGCUCCUUACCACAUCCGCAAAUACCACAUCAGAGACCACAAGCAGGUGCUGACCCUGUUUGCCCAGGGGAUAGAGGAGCACAUCCCUGCUACAUUCCACCACCUGUUGAAGCUACCCCGAGCCCUCCUGCUCUUGGCUGGAGGGCCCCUCAUUCUCCUGCUGGUCUCUGGCUCCUGGCUCCUGGCCCUGAUGGCAAGCCUCACCUUCCUCAUGGUCCUUAGGUUUGCUGCUGCAUAUCCCUUCAAACUUUAUAUUGCCAUGAGUUUGCAGACAGACAUGGCCGACAUCAUGAAAACCUACCUGAGUGGCAGAGGCUCCUGCUUCUGGGUGGCUGAGUCUGAGGGGCAAGUGGUGGGCACAGUGGGAGCUCUGCCUGUGGAGGAUCCCACCUUGUGGGAGAAGCAGCUGCAACUUUUUCACCUGUCUGUGGGCAUGGAGCACCGGGGUCAGGGCAUAGCAAAGUCCCUAGUCAGGACGGUCAUCCAGUUUGCCCGGGACCAGGGCUACAGUGAGGUAGUCCUGGAGACCAGUAUAGUGCAGUCAGCUGCCCUGAACCUCUACCAGGCCAUGGGCUUCCAGUUUGUACGCCAUUCUUACUUCCACAUAAGUGCAAGGCUAAUAGAGUUGACUAGUGUUCAUUUAGUCUUCCCAAUGUCUUCAACUCAAGGAAGGAGGCUCUGACCUAUGUCCUGUGCGUGUGUCAGAAGAGGAUCCACUUGGCCUGGCCACCGCUAACCCUAACACUAUGGAGCUGUCAAUAAUAAAAGCUCUUGUGGGACCCAGUGUCAUAUCCUUCUGGGUAAAGUCCUUGCCUGCUUUCACCUGCAUCCCAUGUAGGUGAUAGUUCGUAUUCUGGCUGCUUGACUUGCCUUCCAGCUUCCUACUUGUGGCCUGGGAGAGCAGUGGAUGAUGGCCCAAAGCCUUGGAAGGUGCAGACCUCUGUGGGAAAUCAGAGGAUACUACUGCCUCUGACUUUGGAUUGGGAAUAAACCAGCAGACAGAAGAUGUUUGUCUGUAUCUCCUAUCUCUGUAUA